UCCGGGAGUUAGGCAUCUAGAAUGUCCAGCGAUCUUGAGAGUGCAGCGCUUGAGAGAAAGGCAAAGCUUCAAGCACUUCGGAAAAAGCGAGAAACGGAAACAAGUGAUAUUGAAGGGGAUUCUAAGCGUGUCAAGGAGGAUGUUGGUGGUGUAAGUGGUUCUGAUCGACCUAUUCUCAAGUUCAGAAAUUACAAGCCCAAAGAUGAGACUCUUCAGAAUUUGCAAAUGCCAAGAGCAAAGCCAGAAUCGGUGGACGAACAAAUUGAACAGCAUUUAAAUGCCGCAAAAGAGAAAGAAAGUUCAAAAGAAGUGAAUUUGUUGUCUCUCGCUCCACGAAAACCAGACUGGGAUCUCAAGAGAGACGUGGCAAAGAAACUGGAAAAGCUAGAGAGAAGAACGCAGAGAGCGAUAGUGGAAUUGAUCCGCGAGCGAUUGGCGACAGGUGAUGUCAACCUGGCGGAUGUUGUUGCUUCUUCGACUGAAACAGAGAACUGGAAUGCAGAUCAGUAUGACUAAAUUUAGAUCUAAUCGCGUUUUGUAAUUAUUACUGUUGGCUAGCAGUGGCAUAACAUGAUGUAAAUGUAAAUGUAGUUGCACUGUAUGGAAUGUUAGGCGACUUACUUAGACCUUCAACUAUCACUACAGUGGCGGUCGCUUCUGUUUCCAAACAACAGAUAUUGA